AUGGUCAAGUUCACGAAGGGCAUGUGGCAGGUCGGGGAGGAUACGGUGAUCAACUGGGCGACCGAGGUUGUGAAAGCCGAAGCUACAGAAAGCACGAUCCGCGCCGUCACGACCACUCGCCACAUCUAUCACCGUGGCGACACGCUCAAUACGCCGACCGUCACCGUCGAAUGCUCCUCCCCGCUUCCAGACACCCUGCUUCUCACAGCGUAUCACUGGAAAGGAUCGACAGCGACUAAUAACGGACCUGACUUCGACCUCUUUCCUGACCAGGAUCUGGUCAAGCAGAUUGCAUCUUCGCGAGCUGACAACCUUAAGACGUCGAAGGAUGAGACCACUAUCGGUCUUUCGACCGACACCCUCUCCGUUACACUCGACACCAGGCCGUCAAACUUCACAGUAGACAUCAAGUCUCGCGGUACUCGCUCUCCGACGAGCAUCUCCACAGCGUCAGAACAGCGUCUUACCCGUCUUGGCUGGCGCUCGGUGGGAUACGUCAAGCAAGGAGCGAAUGACCAUCCCAACAAAGCCAUGGCGGAUCCCGACGCGGGCAAGCGCUGGAUGACGCUUCAGUUUGAUCUUGCAGUCGGUGAGAAGAUCUACGGGCUCGGCGAGCGCUUCGGCCCUUUCAUCAAGAAUGGCCAGACCGUCGAGAUGUGGAACGAAGAUGGCGGUACCUCGUCUGAGCUCACGUACAAGAAUGUACCCUUCUACUUAAGCUCAAGAGGAUACGGGAUAUUCGUUGCCUCCCCUGGAGCCGUCAGCUUCGAAGUCCAGAGCGAGAGAACUACGAGGGUCAACAUCUCCGUCCCAUUCGAGUCAGUCUCGGUGUAUCUAGUUCAUGGCCCAUCGCCCAAGGAGGUCAUCGAGAAGUACACACUAAUCACCGGUCGCCCUGCACUUCCUCCUGCUUGGACCUUCGGACUUUGGUUAACUACGAGCUUCACCACGAACUACGACGAGAAGACUGUCAACUCGUUCUUGGACGGCAUGCAAGAGCGCGACAUACCGCUCGCAUGUUUUCACUUCGAUUGCUUCUGGAUGAAGGGUUUCCAAUGGUGUGACUUCGAGUUUGAUCCCGAAUUCUUCCCGGAUGCCGCUGGUCAGCUCCGGCGUCUGAAGGAUAAAGGCUACAAGGUCUGCGUGUGGAUCAACCCUUACAUCGCUCAAGAGAGCAAACUAUACGACGAAGGAGCGAAGGCAGGCUACUUCGUUAAGAAGUCCGACGGAAGUGUUUGGCAAUGGGACUGGUGGCAGGCCGGCAUGGCCUUCGUCGACUUUACCAAUCCAGACGCGUACAAGUGGUACCAGACCAAGCUGAAAGCGCUUAUCGACAUGGGUGUCGACGUCUUCAAGACCGACUUCGGCGAACGUAUCCCGACGGGCAACACGGUGUACCACGACGGCUCGAACCCGGAGAAGAUGCACAACUUCUACGCGUUCCUGUACAACAAGUGCACUUUUGAGAUCAUAAAGCAGACUCUUGGCAAGAACGAAGCGGUCGUUUUCGCUCGCUCUGCUACAGCCGGAGGCCAGCGGUUCCCGGUUCAUUGGGGAGGCGAUCCGAUGUCAACAUUCGAGGCUAUGGCCGAGACGCUGCGCGGUGGGAUGAGCCUUGGGCUGUGUGGAUUUGGAUAUUGGGCGCAUGAUAUUGGUGGAUUUGAGGGGACGCCUGAUCCGGCGCUGUAUAAGCGCUGGUUCGCGUUUGGCGCCCUGUCAAGUCAUUCUCGGUUGCACGGCAGUGGCAGUUACCGCGUUCCAUGGGUCAUUGACCCUUCUGGAGAAGCCGACGCGGUCCUUCGCAAGUUCAUUCACCUCAAGCACUCGCUCAUGCCGUACAUAUAUUCUGUCGCGCUCAAGACACAUACGACGGGUGUACCCAUGAUGCGUCCUCUUUUCCUCGAACUUCCCUCCGACCCCACCGUCUGGAACAUCGACACACAAUAUAUGCUCGGGCCAUCUCUGCUCGUCGCGCCUGUCUUCACCGAAGCUGGCGAGGUGCAGUUCUACGUCCCCGCCGGAAGGUGGUACGGCCUGAUCGAUGGCUUCGCACGCGAUGGUCCGGGCUACUUCACGGAGACGCACGACUUCUUCAGCAUGCCACUUCUCCUUCGCCCUGACAGCGCAAUCGUAACUGCACAGGAGCAACUACCUGCACCGGGAACAAAACGCAGCGCGGCGUUUGACUAUAGCGAAGCGGUCACAGUCAUCGUCAAUGCGAGCAUGAAGCAAAUGGACGUCACACUAGACGUCCCAGAUAGUAGGAAACCGGGACAGAUCGUGGCAAGGCUCAGGGUGUCGGGAUCUGUGUCGGCAGUGAAGGUCGAAAUCGUAAGCGGCGCACUCAAGGGCGGUUGGAAAGCCAGGAACGUUGGUGGUGAGCAGGUGAAGGAGGUUAGCGCGGAGGCUGAGGUCACUGAAGUACUGGCUUGA